ACUUGGCGAUCAUUCCCAGUAGUGUACCUUUUAUCUUAUUUCUACCUAGUUUUCAGUCAAGGAGACAGAGAUACAACAUUAGUCCAUUAAAAUCACUUAUAAGUAUAAUGUCUGGCAAGGAGAACUGGAAAGACUUGUCCAACUGGAGGACCCGGGACCCAGCCGCGUCAACAGCCAAAAGCUCCCCCCAGUCUCGUAAUCCCCGUCAGAACCUACUAGGAGCGUCGUCCUGGAGAACUAGAGAUGUCACUAGCAAUGCAGGACCCCAGAGUCCACAGCAAGAGCCGCGCAAUAGCUGGACCCCGAAAAGUCGUCCAUUCGACCGCGAGCGGACAAUAGACAAACGACAGGUAGACGAAGAAAGUGCAGCAAAAGCCAUUGCCGAAGGCCGACGCAUCUAUAUCGGAAACCUAAACUACCAGGCAAAGCCCGACAACAUCGAGGAUCUGCUCAAAACAAAUGACCUAAAGAGUUUUGAGGCGAUUCACAUCUCUAUCGACCCCUUCACAGGGCGUAAUCCAAGCUACUGCUUUGUUGAGUUCUCAGACCGCGAGUCAGCAGAUCUGGCCAUGUCUACGUUAAACGGCAAGCUACUACUUGGUAGAGAGGUUAAGUGCCGUCCAUGCAUACCAAAGGGCGGCGCAUCUGGCGGGAGACAGGGCGAGGGCUCCAGACGCUGGGGCAACUGGAAAGGGGAGAAUACUACUACAGAUGAAGGAGGUGAAGCAUCCUUAGGCCAGGAUAUUCAACAAGGAGAAAAGGAAGGCUUGCCAUCUUCAUUUUCCAGGUAUGAUAAAGACUUCAGCAAGCAACGGUUGUACGUCGGUGGUCUACCACGAAUGCACGAUCAAGCAAUGAACUCCGCAGAAAUCAGAGAGUUAUUCAAAGAGUUUCAAGUAGAAGCAAUAAGCAAAAGGGUCACCGCCCACGAGUCGGUCCGUGCCAAGCCUGGCCAUCACGAUUUCUGCUUCGUUGAUUUUGCGACGCCAGAGCAGGCUCAAGCGGCGAUAGAUGCCAUCAACGGUACAUCUUUUUGUGGUGGACGACUGAAAGUAUCCUUUGCUAGCGCCCGCUCUCGCAAGUGGCAGGAGAGGGAAAGUAUUGACGUCAAAGGAUAACGAAUGAGCUAGCCAAGUAAAAAAUCGAAAUAUCAACGCCAACUGAUGGCUCUGCAAAAAGAGAUCGAAAGAAAACAAAAAAGCUCGUAGCUUUUCACGGCAUUAAAUGACCACCCCUCAUCACUUUGCUUUUUUUUUUUUUUUUUUUCUUCCAAUUAUCCCCCCUUUUUCCAACUUUUUUUUUUCUCUUUUCUCUUUUUUUCAUCCUCCCCCUAUCACUACCUC